AUGGGCGGCUUCUUGUCGAAACAACAGACAAAGUCGGAUGACUAUGAGAAGAUUCUGUCAGAACUCGACGACAAGAUUCAAACUGCCGAGAUUCGAUUGUCUGAAAUCAAGCUACGAGAAAGACGCACGGGCCUUUUAUGGAUAUUAUACAGCUCUAUCAUAUGGGUUGCCUUUUUAUUGUACAGCUUUGUCAUAUUGCAUCGACCGGACAAGGAUAUAUACACAUGGGAUACGUUGGCGGUAACCGUGGUGCCAGUGCUUGUGAUACCCAUUGGAAUUUAUUAUACGCGAAGACUCCUCAAGCUCUUUUAUUCACGCAAGCAGACCAAUGAGGAAUCCAACCUUGCUGCUCUUCGUGCACAACAAAAGCUGAAACUCGAAGAACUCAAAAAGAAGACAUCUUACUAUACGACAAAGUCUCUAUUGGAACGAUAUGAUCUUACUGCAGCAGCCAUUGAGCGUCGAAAGCAACAACAACAGCAGCAGCAACAGCAACAACAACAACAAGCUCAAAGACCAGCUAGUAUGCCAACAUCGCGUCCAAACCAGGAAAUAAGGCAUCGAGUCCCACCCUCGAAGGCAAUGCAACAACAACAACCAGGAGGUGGACAACUACAACAUCCUAUGCAACCAGCACAACAACAUCCAUCCAUGAUCAUGUCAGCUCCACGCCCUAUCACCAAAGAACGACAAUGGUAUGAUAAGCUUGUGGAUGCAUUGGUGGGUGAAGAAGGUCCUGAAACCAAAUACGCGUUGAUCUGUCAACAUUGCUUUGCACACAAUGGUCUUGUUCUUCCUCAGGAGAUUGCACAUAUCCAAUAUACAUGCCCCCAUUGCAAACAAUUCAAUCCUGCACGCAAUCCUAAUGCAAGCACCCAAAUCUUCCCACCCUCUUCCUCUGUGCGCUCUCAGUCGACACCACCUGCAGAACCUACCACUUCAUCAUCGGAAGGAUCCAAUUCAAAGCAACAGGAACCAAUCAAGAACAAUGAAGAGAUGGGGGAUCAUCAUUCUGACAAUGAACAAGACGACAAGGAAAAAGAGGAUAAGGAUAGUGAAUAG